GUAAGGAGGAAGGUGUCGGAGGCCAUGCUGGCCUAGUCGCAGAGCACGCUGCCCAGUGAGGCAGCUCUGAGGCUGCUUCUUAAAGCUAUGGGGAAACCUCGCACAUCAUGCCCGUGAAUGUGCAUCUCUAGGUUUAAAAGGCGACCUGAUCUUCCCCGGGCCGAGGGCUCAGUCCUCUCAGACCGCCUCACCCCAGAGGGUGCUGGGCCUGUCACUUCCCCCCCGCCGACCCGUUCCGCGGCGCCGUGACACGGCAGAGCGUUACCGGGUAACGGCAACAUGGCGUCCGCCGCCCUAGCGGGCGCAGGGGAGCAAAAAGGGGACGAGGAGAAAGGUGGCAGCUGGCUGGGGAGGAGGCGGCCACCUCCUCUCUCCGCUCAGUCUGCCUUCAGCUACAUCCCGCCCCGGCGAGAAGGUCCCGCGGAGCUCAGCUACUUCCACCGGGCGGCCCAGACAGGAGAAGUUUCCACUUACGAUUCCAUUUUUAAAAGACCAGAGGGUUACAAUGAAAAACUUCACCGAUGUGACAGAGAACAUGCAAGGAGUCGUGGUCUUAACGUUAAUGAUGAGCAUAGGAAUAAUACAUAUAUACGCACACACGCAGAGGCAGAGGAUGUCAAAAAAAAAGAUGAAGUACAACCUCUGUGUGUUAAUGGCCUUGAAACUGCAGUGGAUUAAUGGGAUGGAAAGAUGAUGAUAGGCUAGGAAUUGUUGCCUGUGUUAGAAACGACAGAGAUAGAAGAGAGAAAAAGUUAAAAUUACUGUAAUUGCUGUGAAAUAAAACUGUUGAGAUUUUGGGACAAAGGCCACUGCUUGUAAUUCCUCUAACUAGCAGCUAUACAUGCCAGACAUUUCACUGCGUAGUCAUAAUCCCCUUCAAUUCUAUCAGACAGUGCGGGGAAUAUUACGUAUGUUCAAAGGAAUCACAGAAGUGCCUCUUAUCUGCUCCUGCCUAGUAACUCACCUGCAAAUCUGCAUGAGGCCAAAAGUCAUUUAAAUGACCACUCUAAUGAAAAAUGAGCCAGUCCCUCCAUCUCCUAGCCAGUAUCAAACACAAUAUCGAAGUGAGACGUUUGUGUAGAAACAGUUUAUUAAUGCAGCACUAUGGUUUCUUUCUUACUCAGAUUUUGCGUCGCUUCAGUAUCAGCAAAAGUCACUUUCCUAAAAGUUUACUUGCUAAAACAAGGGCUUAUAGGCCAGGAUGCAGACUUGUCCUGCUGGGCAACACACACAAGUGACACUGCCUGGGAACUGUUCUGAACAGGUGUCCCUUAAUCCAGUCCUCUAAUUAGCAUGGAGGUGCAUCAGAGCCACAGCUGUUAAAUGAUGCAACAUGAUCCUCAUGCAUGGGAUGACACCCAACACUGGACUUACCAUAACUAAAUGCAGGUCACGUACUCAGCUCCUGCUCCUUAGUUACCUCAGUGGCUCAUGCAGACUUUGUAUAAUACCAACCAUUUUAUGAAACAAAUAAAAAUGCCAAAAUUGACAUCCUUCUAAUACAACACUGAAAGGAGACAGGUGGAAUUCUCUACAGUACGCUUCUUUCUUUGAAGUGGAAAAAACCCAAAUCACUACAAGCAAGCCUUUCUUUUCCUGCAGAGCGAGGGCACACCCUGGGAAUCCAACAGUACAAUCACAGAUAGCACAGUUUAGCUGCGCAUAAUGCAGUGACUACAGCGAGAGUGUUUGCACAUGGUUGUUAUUGCUGAUUUCAGGUGUUAACAGUGAUAGAAUUACAUGCUGUGAAGGCAUAUAAUGGGAUAUUUUCUAGCCAACUGUGGAAAAUUUGAUAUCUGCUGAAUGCAGAACCCAUAAAAAUCAUGGAAUACUGCUCUAUAGUCAGUGCUGUGCUACCAAGGAUGCUGAAAACUGAAUCUUACUUAUUUAAAGGAAAAAUGAACGACCAGAGUCACAUACUGCUACUUGUCAUUGGCACUGUAAGUCUUGUGUGGCUAGCAAAGACUAUUCUGAUGGUACAAAGACUGUCUCACCUCUGUGUCUGGUACAAUCAUAGAGCAAAUCCUCCUGGAAAUUAUGCUAGGGUACAUGUGAAACACAAAGGUGACUGAUGACAGCCACCAUGGCUUCACUAAGGGCAAAUCAUGCCUGACAAGUUUGGUGGCCUUCUACGACAAGGUUGCAACUCUAGUCGUUAAGGGGAAAGCAACUGAUGUCAUCUACAUGGACUCGAGCAAAGCAUUUGAUACCAGCUUGCACAACAUCCUUGACUCUAAAACUGGAGAGAUCUAUGUUUGACAGGUGGACCACUUGGUGGAUAAGGAAUUGGCUGGAUGGCUGCAGAGAGAUGCAGUGAACAAUGUGAUGUCAGAUGGAGACUAGAAACAAAUGAUGUUCCUUAGGGUCAAUAUUGGGAUUGACACUAUUUAACAUCUUUGUCGGUUACAUGGAGGGUGCAAUUGAAUGCAUCCUCAGCAAAUUUUCUGAUUACACUAGAGGGAAGAAAUGCCAUCCAGAGGGACCUGGACAGGCUUGAGAGGUAAGCCUGUGAAAAUCUAUUAAAGUUCAUCAAGGUACUGGGGCCUGUCCUGUUCAGUGUCUUUAUUGAUGACCUGUAUGAGAGCACUGAGUGCACCCUCAGUAAGUUUACAGAUGAUGCCAAGUU